AUGAUGUUGUUUUUGCUUUAUGUGACUGUGGGGGCUCCUGCUGUUGGACACGAACUGGAUUUCGGCAGCUCCCCACUAGCGGCAGAAAGGCUUGUCGACCUGGCAACCACGCAUCUCAGCCCUAUCACGAUCGAUCUCCACAUCGUGAUCCUCCUUCGAUCCUCUUUCACAGCAGCGCCUUCUGCAAUAUUUGCGGCUAUCAUGUCAGGUCCUCCUUUUGAUCCAGAGUUCCCGUGCUCCUUAAUCAUCUCUGUUCCGCUUCCCACACACCGAUUAGCAUCCUCCGCACUCCGCGCACUCAGCGUAGACGCCGAACUUUCGCCUCUCGUUCACCGUUCUUUCUCUCUCGCAUGCCCAUAUGCUUUCUACGGCCUCGCCACCAACGGCUCAACGAGCGCAGAUGCAGAAGUUCGCUUAAACGGCGAUGCAGCCUUGGCCAUGGGAGCACAAUUUGUAGGAGAUGAGGAAUUGACAGUUCUGCGCACAGAGUACAAGGCCACAACCAACCGCAUGCUGCGAGUGGCUGUGAACGGAUUUAUGGAAAGUCUCGGAGUCGUAUUGGGGGUCAUGGAAGAGCUCGAUGUUGAUGUGUUGGUCGAAGAAGUUCAGUGA